UUAAGCGGUCCGAUCGUAUUAACAUCGUCGCAGUGUUACAUGUGACGCGGAGUAGGGAAGAUCGUGCGCAAUGCGUCCCCCACUUAUUUGUUACGUUGUGUUAUUCACGCUUUCGAGCUAUGCUGUGCAUGGAGCUCGUAUUCUCGGACUUUUUCCUCACACCGGCAAAAGUCAUCAGAUGGUCUUCGAACCUCUACUGCGAAAACUCGCUGAAAGAGGACACCAUGUCACAGUGGCUUCAUUUUUCCCUCUCACAAAUCCACCAGCCAACUACACGGACAUCAGUUUUGAAGGUAUCGCUGGUGUCGGCGUAGAGACUUUCGACUUAAAUUGGUACGAGAAUCCCAGUUUUAUCCAACGGAUACCUAUAGUAGGAAGAGUCGUUAAGCAAAUGUCCGAAUUUAACCCACUAGCCGGUAUGGCACUACAAGUGUGCAGUAAAGCCGUCGAUUGGCCUCCACUUAAAGAAGCCCUAAGCAAGGAAUAUGAUCUAGUUUUGUUGGAAAAUUUUAACAGUGACUGUAUGUUAGGCCUGUUGCAUGUCUAUGGGAUAAAAGCACCUGUUGUUUCAUUGUUAUCGUGCGCUUUGAUGCCAUGGUCGGCUGAACGCAUUGGAAUUACGGAUAAUCCUUCAUACAUUCCUCUGGUCAGCACGGCAUUCGAUUCGCAUAUGACGUUAUUGGAGCGAAUGGAGAAUACAUUUCUAAAGAUUUAUUAUCAUUUGUGGUUCCGUCAUAUGAUUCAAAUGAGAGAACAAGCUUUAAUAGAAAAACAUUUUGGUAGAAAGAUUCCUGAAUUAAGUGAACUUAGCAAAAAUGUAAGUUUAAUGCUAAUGAAUACCCACCACGCCUUGAACGGCCCGAGGCCUCUUCUGCCCGGUCUUGUAGAGGUUGGUGGUAUGCAUUUAGACCCAACGAGGAAAGUCAUACCAGAGUAUAUCGAGAAAUUCAUAAACGAGUCCGAGGAAGGAGUGGUACUCUUCAGUUUUGGAUCUUUAAUAAAGACCGCCAGUAUGCCGAAGUACAAGGAAGAGAUUUUCAUGAACGCAUUAUCUAAGUUAAAACAAAGAGUUAUUUGGAAAUAUGAAGAUAGCGCGGACAAUGGAACGCUCGUUGGCAACAUAUUGAAAGUUAGAUGGCUUCCUCAAUAUGAACUUUUACGACAUAAUAAAGUCGUCGCAUUUAUUGCUCAUGGAGGCUUAUUGGGCAUGACGGAGGCAGUGUCUGCUGGCAAGCCUAUGGUCGUGGUACCGUUCUUUGGUGACCAGCCACGCAACGGUGCCGCAGCUACCGCCGCUGGCUUUGGUAGAGUUGUGUCCUACAUAGAUCUCACAGAACAAGCGCUGAGCGAAGCUUUGCAAAGUGUGUUAAGUGCUGAAACGCGUCUCAACGCACGUCGUGUGUCAAAUAUGUGGCACGAUAGAGAAUCAGCGCCUUUAGAUACGGCCGUGUUCUGGACGGAACGCGUGAUCCGUUGGGGUCAUAUGGGGAAACUCCACUCAUCGUCUAGGAAUAUGCCCUUCUAUGAAUACGCACUACUCGACGUAGCUGCAGCCUAUGCAUUAAUAUUAAUAGUAAUAAUAACAUUCAUAUAUUUAAUAUUGACGAAGAUUUCUGUAAUGUUUGUAAGAGAAAGUAAACAAAAGACACAUUAGGAUUGAAACAAUGAUUAUAUAAGAUAUUUUAGAAAAUAUUUUAAUAGUCACAUAAAUUAAUCUAUAUGCCAAAGUUUAUAAUGUUGAUUUGUAUUAAAUGCAAUAUCAGUAAUUUUUUAAGUUAUAUCCAUUAAUUUGAUUGUAUGAGUUGAUUGUCUUGUAUUAAAGUGUAUAUUGGUAAAAUUAAAUGUAUAUAAUGUGUUAUGUAAAAAUAUGUGAAUAAAUUCCUAUUUACAAUAUAUAAGAAGUAAAUUUUGGAAGUUGUUUUUUAAAUAAUAAUCUUACGCGAACAUUCUUUAGAACGCAUUUCUUUAUAAUUCUACUUUCCUUCCAAAACUAUAAAUGUAGUUUUUUUUAAAUAUCGGAGCCCAAGGAAUCCGUAUCGUACCUGCAACAUGCAUUACUUACUUACAUUA